GGCGGGACUUCCGACAUGUAGCGCCACCCGGAAGUUAAAUCGACGAGUGUCUCGUUAGCGAAGCGAGAAGCUGGUGUGAUUAUACUAAAAACUAAAAAAAGAAAAACAAACUUAUGAGGCGUCAGCGGGGUAAUGUUUGCCUAUAGCAUUUUUAAAAAUGUACAGGUUACUUCUCAGUUUUUUCUCUCUGGACCUGCAGUGAGAGAAAUGGAGGAGAAUGGCAGCCGACUCUACUCAUCAUUCACCGUGUACUUGGAUUUUGGCUUGAAAUUCACACACUUGCCAAAGCACCAAUGACCUUCUAUAAAAAAAAAAUAAAAUAAACAUGUCCUUCUUUGACUUCGACCUUUAUUACAGCCCCUUUUCUGUUGACGUCUGUCAGACUUUUGACCCUUUCUCCUAGCCAAGCACAUGUACAGGAUAUUUCCCUUCCUGCCUUAUGCUUUGGUUAGUGAGAACGUACACUUUCCUGACACCCUGUUUACCAUAUCAAACACUUCUGCUGCCCUGACACCCUAAGGUCCACUUUGGCCAUGUUCCACAAGAAAGGUUGUCUAAUUAUUUGUGGCGCUUUGUUGUUUAUUGCUUGGAAUGCCCUUCUUAUAUUUGUUCUUUUGGGAUGGUCACCUGAAGGAGGCGUGUCUAUUUCAGCAGAAAAAGAUCCCCAAAACUCCAACACUGUGGAGAAAUUGCUACAGUUAAUCAGUGCGUUUGAGACGGAACUUGAGUCCCAGAACAAAAUCCUUCUCCAGAUUCAGAGCCAUAAGUCACUGUGGGAAGAACAAAGAAAAAAACCUACAGCUUUCAGGAGUAAAUUAGAUAUCAAAAGUCAUUUUACAGAUGCGGGGAGUAACUCCCAGUCAUCCCCCGUGGUUAUUCCCAUCUUGGUCAUGGCGUGUAACCGAGUGACAGUGUCACGCUGCUUGGACAAACUCCUCGAGUACCGGCCAUCACCUGAACUCUUCCCCAUCAUCGUGAGCCAGGACUGUGGUCACACGCAGACCGCUGAUGUGAUCGCCUCAUACGGCAGUAAACUGACUCACAUUAAACAGCCUGAUUUGUCGGAGAUCUCAGUGCCUGCAGGACAUAAUAAGUUCCAGGGUUACUACAAAAUCGCAAGACAUUACCGUUGGGCUCUAAACCAGGUCUUCAACACCUUCUCAUACUCUGCUGUCAUCGUUGUGGAAGAUGAUUUGGAGGUGGCUCCAGACUUCUUUGAGUACUUUAAAGCCCUUCACCCUGUACUAAAAUCGGACCAAACUCUGUGGUGUGUGUCUGCCUGGAAUGACAAUGGCAGGAACGGAUAUGUGGAUCCUGCGAAAUCAGAACUCUUAUAUAGGACAGAUUUUUUCCCAGGGCUUGGGUGGAUGUUACUUAAGGAGAUCUGGAUCGAGCUUGAGCCAAAAUGGCCAGCUUCGUUUUGGGAUGACUGGAUGAGGCACCCCAAUCAGCGCAAAGGCAGGUCAUGCAUUCGCCCCGAAAUCUCUAGAACUUUGACGUUUGGCCGUAAGGGUGUGAGUUUGGGUCAGUUCUAUGACAAGUAUCUCCGCUUUAUUAAACUCAACACCGAAUUUGUGCCUUUUACAAGUAGAGAUUUGUCUUAUUUGGAGCAGGGGAAAUAUGAUCAAGCUUUUGAGAAGGAGGUUUACAGUGCUCCUCUUGUGACAGCGGUGGAGCUGAAAAACGGAAAGCUGUACGGGCCCGGCCCGUUUCGCCUGCAGUAUUCCAACGCACAGAGUUUUAAAACACUAGCACGAGAUCUUGGACUCAUGGAUGACUUGAAGUCAGGAGUGCCACGAGCUGGGUAUCGAGGCGUUGUCAGCUUCUUUUCACAAGGAAAGCGGAUCUAUAUAGCGCCACCUGUUGGUUGGACAAAGUAUGAUCCAAGCUGGAGUUGAGGUAGCCUGUGCAUAUUGGGGGGGAUCUGUGUAGUCAGUAUAAAGGAAUUAUAUUGUAAACAUUGAUCCACAGUGAUUUGUCAUGGUGCAAAUGUGUUCAGCAUCCAUGCUCAAAAUAAUUACCUUUUAUUUGCCGUAUAUUUGAAAAUGUUCACCCUGCAGAACAUACCAGAGACGCUUCAAAAUAAGCAAAGGUUGAAAAUGAUGUGAGACCAAAGAUCAUGUUGUAGAGUAAUUGAUUUCCAUAUCUCAGGUCAAUGCUAAUAUUUUUUUAAUGAAGAGAGACAAAUAUAUACCUUCAAUGUUAGAAAUAUAGAUUUGUUAGGAUUGUCACACUGAGUGAUUUAUAGUGAUCUUUGUUUUUUUUUAAUCAUGACUGAUAAUCAUCACAGCCUUGAUACAAGUAUUCUUUAUUCACCAGUCACUUUGCAAUCUGAAACCUCUUUAAAGUGCCUUCAAACUUUUAUAGCUCUAUUUAAAUGAUUAUAUGUGAAGUUUGUGCUUAAGUGGUGGUGGAUGUUGUGUUGUUUGGGGUAAAACAUGUAGCUUUUAAUUCUAUAUUUGACUGACUGACUGAUAGCUUUGAUCACAGAGUGAUGUUAUACUAAAAUGUUUGGGAUUUAAUAUGUGGGGGAAAAUAAAGCAAACAUUUGUCAUAUUUUAA